UCAACAUCCAAUUACACUCCUCCGAAGGUGCCAGUGGUCGCUUGUUUUGCUGAUACAUAACGGGACACUCUGCCCUACUUCCCGUUACCUACUUAGCACAUUGGAGUGCAGAGUGCUGCUGUGCAUCAAUCUCGCCCUGUCAUCGUUGUCUGGACUUCUAUCUGGCAAUACGUUACGCCUCAAUACAUACAAUAGUGUAGACCAACUGAUCGCUGUUCUGUCACUGGCGGUCGGAUCCCCAUCCCCCCCAUUCCCCCCCAUCCAAUCCGUCCAAUCCAUUGCAAGGCCAGGGCUGCCAUUCAUAGGUCCUCCACCGUCCACCCAGGCCACCCACCGUCCUCCAUCCACCUGCCAUUUUACCUACGUACUCUACCUGACCUACCUACCUCACUACCAUCUACCCAUUCCAUCCCGUCCACUCCAUCACUCCCUCCGCUCUCUACCUACCUACCUACCUAUCCACCGCAACUCGUCCGUCCGCCGCCUACAGUGAGCUUCAGUCUUACACUACCAACCAAACCUAGAGGUUCCAUUCUACUGGCAAGCUAUCUAGGUGCCUUGACAUUUUGCACCCCUUCCAGGUUUCUCUCUCUUUACGACCUACCUCUCGUCUCCGCGCCCACUCUCUCUCUCCUGUGCUACCUCUACAACCUUGCGAUUUCCACACCUACCUAGUCCCGCCAUCCAACUCCAGCUCUCUUCCCCCCAGCAGCAAACCCUCCCUCCGUCAUCGACCACUCUGUCCGUUCCACCCAUUCUUAGGACUACUGCUACAACAAACUACUACUACUACUAUCACUACCACCACCGGGUCCCCUACCGCCAAAGGUGCCCGGCCGCCAACAUCAACAUCCGCCAUUCAUCCCAGUCGUCCUGCUUCGUCUUAUCCCUUCGACUCCACUCCGCCGUCGCCCACACCGAUUCACCGUUGAUCACAGCGCGCGAUAAGGAGAGUGCUUCGCUGCAUCGCUCCUUCCAUCCUCUCUCACCUCCGUCGUCGAGCUCUUAGCCUAGCAUCAAGCCCGCGACUCGUCCUGCAACCCGUCUGGGGCGCCAUCAGUCAACAUGGUGACGGGAACUAUCAAGUAUGCCAAAACAAACCACCCCUUAUCGAGAGAGUGCUGCAGGCGCCCGACUGUCGCUGCUGUGGUGACGGCCUAGACCGCUCCGCUCUCUGCCCGACUUCACUUACACGCACCUUUGGGAUGCAUGUCCCAUUGACCGGUGCGUAGUCGUCGGUGACGGUGCCGUUGGAAAGACAUGUCUCCUCAUCAGCUAUACAACGAAUAAGUUCCCCUCGGAAUAUGUGCCGACAGUUUUCGACAACUAUGCCGUCACCGUCAUGAUCGGUGAUGAGCCCUAUACGCUCGGCCUGUUCGAUACAGCAGGACAAGAAGAUUACGACCGUUUACGUCCGCUAUCAUACCCCCAGACCGACGUCUUCCUCAUCUGCUUCAGCGUUGCAUCGCCCGCCUCGUUCGAAAACGUGUCCCAGAAAUGGGCCCCCGAAGUCAACCAUCACUGCCCCGGCGUGCCCUUCCUCAUCGUCGGAACGCAGAAGGAUUUGCGCUCCGACAAGGAACUGAGGGACAAGCUUGCCCAGCGCAAGCAGUCGAUGAUAGAGUUCAAGCAGGGAGAGAAGCUUGCUCAGGAUCUUGACGCCGUCAAAUACGUCGAGUGCAGUGCGCUGACACAGGAAGGUCUCAAGAACGUGUUUGACGAGGCCAUCGUUGCGGCACUGGAGCCGCCUCAGAAAAAGACAAGUAAAAGGGACAAGAAGUGCUUGAUUCUGUGAGACCGGGAUACUCCUGCAGUGAGAAAUGUUUUUUGGCCCCGCCGGCCCCGUUUUUUUGUUACAAUCCGGAAGCGACCAUAAAAUGAAGGGGGAUGGCAAAGGGAGGCAUUCACAGAUCGACAUUUAAACGGCAUAGGGCGCCUCGAUAUUACCCAUUGUCUAGAGUGCAAUCAAAGCAGUGACGAGCCGACAGCCCUGCAUACCGAGAUACCCAAACGGACGGAGCUGAGGAGUUGGGAGGGAAAGGAGGGAGGGGAAGUUGUGAGCAUUGUGGGGGAAACGAUUUCACCUGGCGCCAUUGCACAAAGGAGAGGUGUCGCCGAGCGUACCUGGCCAGGCCGUUUUCUUUUGGUUCAAGGGGCGAGGAAGAAGACUGGAGAUGUGAGGGAUGGGAGAGGGAGACUCAACUGGGUUGACCUAGGUUGGCUUAUGGUUGUGGUUGUGCUUGAUUCCCUAGGAUCAGAGAGAGGAGCCGCCUUUCUCUCCAACAAACUCGGGCCAGGAAAAGGAAUGAACGUAUCAAGAAACCGCGCCGGCAUCAUACCGAGGUCUGCGCGCGGAAGACUUUCUGAUGUUCAUUCGUUUAUCUGACCAAGGCUCUGUCCGUUAGUGCUCGCACAUAUUACUAUUACCAUCAUAUUGGAUUCAAGAAUUUCUUAAUAACUCUUUGUUCCCUCCAAAAACUUGAC